AUCAAAACAAAGACACAUGGCAGUGUUGGUAUGACAAAAUCUGAUCUGUACUUUAAGUGGCCUAUCUAUUUACUAUCCAGUGACGUCUAUUGUGUACCGUCUACCACAUGAUGAUGAGGGCAGUAGGAGUGAACUGAAAUAUGAAUAAGUUGUCUUUAUACUAAUAAAAAAAAUGUGCGCUAGUAUUGUUGAUUAUCCGAGUAGUGACAGUACUGAGGAUGAAAAUGAAUCUUCCGCCGAGCCAGUAUCCAGGCCUACUUCAAAUGCAAGUGAAAGUACAGAGUCGACUAAUAAGAGGAAAAGUUCAAAUGAAAUUCAAUCCCCAGUAGAGAUUAAAAGACAGAAGAUAAAGAAUAUAAAGAAGAAUUUGUUACCAUUACCUGAUUCUAUACAAACAAUGUUUAAAGAUGACAAGAGACAUGAUGAUGAUAAUAGUCAACAUGGUGGAAGAAUUAGAUCUUUUCAACAUGUGGCUGGAAACUGGGCAACAUAUGUUUAUAUUCCAUUUCCUUCAGAUGAAAGAUUUGAUGAUUUUGUUCAAGAACUGAUGACAUGUCUUCAAGAUUUAAAAUUUGAGAAAAUGUCUGAUUACCAUGUUAGUUUAUCAAGAACUGUAACAAUCAGGCAUCACUGGAUUGAAUCACUUACACAAUCUUUAAAAAUCAAACUAAUGAACUUUAAUAGAUUUAUAUGUAGUACAGCAAAUUUUAAAUUUUAUACAAAUGAUGAAAGAACAAGAACAUUUCUUAGUUUACAAGUGUCUGAUUUGGGUGAGAAAUUAAAACAACUGACAUGUAUAGUAGAUGAAAGUUUUCAGGAAUUUAAUCUAGAUAAAUAUUACAAGAAUCCAUCAUAUCAUAUAAGUAUAGGCUGGUGUUUAGGGGAUGUACUAAAUAAAAUAACUGACAGCAAACAAUCAGAAAUACAGGAUAUGCUAUCAAAAUUUAUAGUAGAAAAUGAAGAUUUAUCUUAUAUAGAUGUGCAUGAAAUAAAGUGUAAAACUGGUAAUAAAGUUUUUACUUAUCACAUGUUAAACAGUUGAUGUACCUUGAUGUAUAACUCAUGAUGAGGAUGUGUUACAGUGAUUGUCUUGGGGAAACACAAGGAACAGUGGGCUUAAGGACUGCCAGGAACCAGUGUAUGAGAGUGGAAUAAUCACUUCCAUGUUGAUUUUGAACAUGAAUCAUUCAUAUUUUGUGCAGGACAGAAUGAGGAAACAGUCAGUGGACUUUUUUUAGGUGCCAGGAAUACCAAGUUUCAGGAAUACAUUUAAAUAAUAUGUUCUAACUAAAGAUCUAAAAAAAAAAACCGAUCUAUAUUUAUAUCUUUUAUUUUUUAUUAUACAAUGUGAAAAAAACCUUUGUUGUAUAUAAUUAAAAUGGUGGAUAAAUUAUAUUGAAAAUGUCAAUUAUUUUGUUUUGUAAUGUCUUUUCACUAUCAAUGAGAUAUUGAUUUUAGUCUCUGUAGUCACGUUAAUAAUCAAUUAUAUAUCAGUAUUACUUCAAUUAGAGCACUUUCAAAUUCAGUUCUUUUCUGAAUGCAUCCCAUUCAUUGCAUUUCUCACUCAGAUUGUAUUCCAUUUCUGGGACUUACACAGGCCCUUCAGCAAUAUUUACUGUCAACUGACUGAUGUAUACAUGCGAUCUUAUCAGUGUAUAAUUUGUCCAUUUAUCCGUGGUUUAUAACCAUUUCAUUACACUCUGUAUACACGAUGCACAUGUCAAUCGGAAUAUAACGUGACUGUAUCUUCAAUAUGCGGUAUAAAUAUUGUUUUGUCACCAUUCAUUACCUGCCACGUCAUCGUCAGUGUGCGGUAUGUGAAUUCCAUGCCUAGCUAACACGGCCGUCAUUCGUAACUCAAUUCUAGCCCGUAAAAUACAGAAUUCUGUUUCUUUUCUUGUACUAUAUUCUCUAUACAUUUCAAUAACGGCAUCACAACUUUGGUAUCGUCUCUGCAAGCUAUUUAAUAACACCUCGUCCCCGUCGCGCACAGCUCUGUUAAGCCUUACUUCAAUACCUUUCAUACGAUCUGUUAAAAGCAGGAUUUGUUCACAUGACCGUUGAAAACAGAAAGCUACGCGUUGGACCUCGUUGCUUAAUUUCUUUAAACAUGAAGUACAAGUGCCACAGGUAGAAGACGACGACAUACUUGGGUUGAGGUAUACCUAUAUAUAAAUACAAUUUCCAAAAAUGAGCCUGACCAAGGGCACGGCUUUUAAAUUGUGCAGGCGGUGGUUGUAUAUUUAUGUCAUUACCACACAUACCCGGAUUAGGAUUAUCAAUAGAUUAACAAUUUCCGCUUCACGCUACACCAGCAAUGUGAUUAUUACAAUACACACAAGUUUAUUUGUAUGUAUUUAUCAGUUUAUUUCACUUACCAUUGUUUUUAUAUCAAUCUAAAAUAAAUCCGGAAACUGUUAUUAAUUGCGCUAGAGCAGUUACCAAAAUCGAAGUUGAGUGUCACACGUUACGAUCAACCAAUCAUAUUUUAUUUCUUAAACAAAAAUUAUUUGUGCAUUUAUAUCUUUUAAAAACCAACGAAACAAGUCAGACCAGGUUAAGCCCCACGAACGAACGAUGUCGGAUUAAAAUGGUUAAUUUACUACUGGCUACAAAUAAUGUUUUUGUUAUUAAACAUUUUUAUUAUCUCUCUUUUUUUCAUACAUGUAUAUGUUC